UAGUCACAGAUCUGCAGUGAACGGGGCCACAUCUCUCCAGUCAGUGUGGGAUGACUGAAGCAGAGAAACAGCUUAUUUAUCUGAGAGGCACACAGCGCAGCCGGGCUCUGCCUUCACAGCGCCGCUUCCACUGAAGGACUCGGCGGAGGAACCAAAAGGAAAAGCACAUCAACAGCAACUCUGGGCUAUUUUCUUCACCCUGUUAACGCGCUGUGUGUUUGACAAGGUGCUGUACUCUUCUGUACCGCUUUACAGAAAUUAGGCUAACUGCUCGCGAAGCGCGGACUUACACUGGCUCUAGGUUGGGGGAAAUACCACUAAAAUAUCCAUUAUUUCACUUCGGUUUUUGUGGAUGCACCGAUGAGAGAUCCAGUUUUUACAGGGACUGCAAUGGCAUAUCACCCUUUCCACGCACACCGGGCGACCGACUUCCCCAUGUCCGCCUUUCUAGCGGCCGCGCAGCCUUCCUUCUUCCCCGCGCUCAGCCUGCCUCCCGGGGCGCUUACCAAGCCCAUCCCGGACCACGGCCUGGCCGGGGCGGCGGAGGCUGGGCUCCACCCGGCCCUCAGCCACCAUCAGGCGGCUCAUCUUCGCAGCAUGAAGAGCCUGGAGCCCGAGGAGGAAGUGGACGACGACCCCAAAGUUACACUGGAAGCCAAGGAUCUUUGGGACCAGUUUCAUAAACUCGGGACGGAGAUGGUUAUUACCAAGUCCGGAAGGAGGAUGUUCCCUCCGUUCAAAGUGCGAAUAAACGGGCUCGAUAAAAAAGCCAAAUACAUCCUGCUGAUGGACAUCGUAGCGGCGGACGACUGCCGCUACAAGUUCCACAACUCCCGCUGGAUGGUGGCGGGCAAGGCCGACCCGGAGAUGCCCAAGAGGAUGUAUAUCCACCCGGACAGCCCGGCCACCGGAGAGCAGUGGAUGGCCAAGCCUGUGGCUUUCCAUAAACUUAAGCUGACCAACAACAUCUCAGACAAACACGGAUUUGUCCAGACAAUCCUGAACUCCAUGCACAAGUACCAGCCCCGGUUCCACAUAGUGCGGGCCAACGACAUCCUGAAGCUCCCCUACAGCACCUUCAGGACCUACGUCUUCCCGGAGACCGAGUUCGUGGCUGUAACUGCGUAUCAGAACGACAAGAUAACGCAACUGAAGAUUGACAACAACCCUUUUGCCAAAGGAUUCAGAGACACGGGGAACGGAAGGAGAGAGAAAAGGAAACAACUGACCAUGCCGUCGCUGCGGAUGUAUGAGGACCAGUGCAAGGCGGACCGGGAGGGCGCGGACUCGGAUGCCUCGUCCAGUGAGGCUCAGUCCGGCAGGGACGCCGUCCACUCCCCUCUGGGAGCCGGUACCAGCCCGCUGAGGUUCAGCAGACCCAGUCGAGAUGACAAAACGUGCACUGACAGUGAGCAGGAGCUGGAGCAUCAGGACGAGCUCUGUACUGGUUCCAACAGCCCGGGACCUGAGCCCAUGUCCCCCUACAGCUCCAGGUGUGAGGAACGUGUGAGGGACAGGCCUAGCAUGGAAAAGAAGGACGACUCUAUAUUCAGUAUAAGGAAUCUUGAGAAGGACAAAGUGGAGAGCAGGCACAGGAAGGACACCACGGACGCGUUGACAAAGGACUCAGAGGCCGGAGGCAUCAGUGCCAGUAAGGACACCUUCUCCCCUCUCAUGGUCCAGACCGAGAGCCCAUCGCACUUCAGCCCUGGUCACUUACAAAGCCUGGCUCUGUCUGGCCUGCACAGUCAGCAGUUCUUUAACCCUCUGAACGCCGGAUCGCCGCUGUUGUUUCACCCUGGGCAGUUUGCCAUGGCCCCUGGAGCCUUUUCUGCAAUGGGCAUGGGGCAUCUAUUGGCCUCUGUAUCUGGAGCAAGUGGUUUGGAAAAUGGCAGCCUCUCCGCCCAGGGCACGGGAGGAACCCCCAACCCCUUCCCCUUCCAUCUGUCCCAGCACAUGCUCGCCUCUCAGGGCAUCCCCAUGCCUCCAUUUGGCGGUCUUUUCCCAUACCCCUACACCUACAUGGCAGCAGCUGCAGCGGCCGCCUCUGCCUCAGCCCUCCCAGCCACCAGCACCUCCAACCCACUCUCCAGGAACCCCUUCCUGAGCUCGUCCCGGCCCCGGCUCCGCUUCAACCCCUACCAGCUCCCGGUGUCACUGCCUCAGAGUUCCAGCCUGCUCACUGCCAGCCUGCAGGGCAGCCUCAACCCAGGCUCUGAAUCCUCCAAACCGGGCAGCAGGGAGACCAGCCCAGCCCCAGAGCACCACAGCAACCAUAAGAUGGGAGGGUCGAGCGGGAGGACCACAUCUCCCAAAACCUCCAUGAAGGACUCGGUGAAUGAGCUGCAGAGCAUCCAGAGACUGGUGAGCGGCCUGGAGGGCCAGAGGGAGCCCUCCCCGACUGCAGACUCUCCCAAGUGAUGAAGACUCUUUGUUUGGGAUGAAGACUUACCGGAGGACUAUAAGUGCACAUGUCCUGUACAGCACAUUACGGAGACUGGGAUGAGGUUUGACCGAUAUGGGUCGGUGAAGGCCGACAACUGGUAUUUUUUGGAACAAAGCUGCAGAUAGACAUUUAGUGCAUAUAAUUAAUUUAACCUUUUUAAAUUCACAAGUAUUGAGGGUUUCCUCCAGAGCUGACCUGUUAGACAGGGUGAGAAGUCUGUCAGUCAACUUUUUGACCAUCACCAGACAACAAAAAUCCCCCUCGUGAAGGCAGGCUUACCCCCAUAGAAACUCUGGGUACAUUUCUAGACUGACGAAAGUAAUUAUAUAAAAUAUGCAAAGAUAAAAAAUAUAUAUAUACAUGGAAACACAUUUUAGAAAAUGAAACACUAAAAUAAUGAUAAAAUAUUAAAAAGAAAUAUCUGACCACUUCAGUUCAAGGACACUACAGAGAGUAACACUGAUCAAUUCCAUUACAAAAAUAUAAUCAGUUAAACUUUAUCAUAUCCAUUAUAUCAGAGGUGGACCACACAAGACCAGUAUCGGCUCCAUAUAUCGGUCUAACCUGCCUGAGGGCCUGCAGCUCCACACACUGAGCGGCGCACUGGGGAACGUGUGUGUUGAGUUUGGUUAACUUGAAGCAUUUGAGCAUCCAGACGUGGUUUUUACACACCGAGCCGAGCCCGGAACAGGCAGGCCUCAAGCUGCAUCCAAAAACUCCCCCCCGCCAGGCCUGAUCAUUUCAAAAGGCAUGGAAGGUGAUGGUUCCGUUUGCGAGAGGAAGACAGAAACAAAGAACCGCUAACCAUUUCAUGCCAGAAAAAAAUGUUUCUGAACUAUUUAUGUAAUUAAAGAUAAAACAAAUUCUGUAAAUAAAGCUAAGAUCCAAGAAUAUGCAAUUGGUAUUAAUUUAUUCAAGGCUGUAUAUUAGCGUGUAUAUAUUUCGAUUUUAACUCGUUGCUUUUAUUUCUCCUUCUCCUCUCCCCUAUUUUACAUGAACAUAUACUGUAAAUGAAAGCUAUUUAGCGCUUGUUGGUUUGAAAAACUGUGUAUGAAGCAUCGCUGAUUUUUAGAAGACGUGUGUGCCAUGUUUUAGUCUGCAUCCACCGACAAAUACAGAGGAAAGAGCUCCACAUGGAUUCAAAAACACCUCAGGUUAUUUCACUCCAGCCAGGAGACAUUCAAAGCAAUUCCUCCUAUGGGCGCAUCAUUCAUAUCUAUUCAUAAAUAUAUUUAAAGAUGAAAGUAUCUUGUUUAUGCUGGUUGUCCGGGUUUUGUUUUGUUUUAUUUUAUUUUUUUUGAUUGUCUCACAAUUUCAAUAAAAAAUCGUUGUGCUGAAA